GAAGUCUUUGUUUAGUUUUUUCUUUACAAUAAAUUGAAUAUCGAUCUGAGGUUGUGAAACGUACAAAACAUCAUUUCAAAUAUCUUUCAUAUAACUAAGAUGAAAAUAUGCUAAUCAUUUGAGAUGAAAUAAAUAAUAACAACAAUCUCUACAUUGUAACUUUUAGUUCUGAAGUCAAGUUUCAUUCUUUGAAACUAGAAUUUAAAAGUUAACAAGUGUUCGUUAAAAAUAAUCAUCAAGGACGAAGUAUGUUUUUACGCCUAGAUAUUUAUUACUCUAUGAAAUUACCACUUUAGUCCUUUUCUCACUCUUGCAAUUUCUUUCCAAAAGAAAGGAAAAAAAAAAAGAUUAUAGAAUGUAGGUAGUGAUUUUUAUAGUGUUGUUUUCUUGGCUUUCCUUCAUCUCUAUGUUAUCUUCCUCUCCAUUCUCUCAGUUUAGACCCAUUUAUAUUCUUCAAGAGGACAGAAUCUCGACAUUUUCUCAGAAUCGUGUAAUUAAAGCUUUGCAGCAAAUAUUUAAAAGUCCUUUAUUUACAAGAAUGCUAAGUAGAGGUUUAUUCUCAACACAUAUUUCUUCUUCUUUGAAAUGCUUCUCUUCAUCAACUUCUAAUGUGCUCAAAGUUGGAGAUAUCUUGAGCUAUAACAGAAUAUUCACCAGUGAAGAUGUUUUGGAAUACUCCAAAGUGAGUCAUGACUCUAAUCCUCUGCAUUUCGAUCCCGAAUUAGCUCGACGUGCUGGAUUCAACGGUUGUCUUGUUCAUGGUUUGCUUGUUGCUUCGAUGUUCCCUCAUAUCAUUUCCUCUCAUUAUCCCGGAGCCAUCUACGUGUCGCAAAGUUUAAAUUUUAAGUUGCCGGUUUAUGUCGGAGAGAAGAUUGUUGGUCAAGUAGAAGCAAUCGAGUUGAGAGAAAAUAAGAAGAGAUACCUGGCUAAAUUCAAAACAAAAUGUUUGAGGAAUGGUGACGAGCUUGUUCUCGAAGGUGAGGCAAGGGCCAUCUUACCGGCCUAUUUUCAUUCCACAAACGAGUAGAAGAAGAUGUUCAAACUUCAAAGAUUUAAGUGUCGACCGCUCCCUUGUAUUCAGGUUUGAAGGGCUUUCAGAUGAUUUCCUAGCCUCCACUUUCUGUUACUUCAUCUCUUAUUGAUGGGAAAUGAACAAUAUCUAUUGUAGGCCAUCGUUCUGGAUCUGUUUCUUUUUCAAUAAAUUUGCCAUGAGUCUCUUUCCAUCUUCAAAA